AUGCGAGCCCGGACCAGCGGAUCUACGGUCGAGGCGAGUGGGGUGUUCAGAAUCGGAUACGCAAGGAAGAGAAGGGUAAGAAGAGGGAAGACGGCGACAAGAAAGAGAAGAAGUCAGCAGGAAUCCGCGGCAUACGAGGAUUUGUUUGAUUAUGGUAGGGUCUGAUCGAGCAAGCACGACGAGAUGACACGAUACGAAUAGGGACGACAGUGAAGCAAACAGAAAGAUACCCAAUGCAACCUUAGAAGCGAUCAAAUGAGCGAUCUUCACUUCACAUAAAAAGACAAGGCUGCAU